AUGUUUCAGAUUCUCAUGGAAAAUGUUGAAGUUCAACAUAUUGACCGGAUCGCUGCGUUGCUUAUUUUUUUCACAAGUUUCAUCGGCUUCGCCUGUAACACAUUUAUCGCAUUCUACAUCAGGCGUCUCUCCCUUCUUCGAAACUCUUUCGGACGGCUACUCCAACUUCAGGCUGCAGGCGAUGCUGUCUUUGUUCUAGUUUGGGCUUUCUACUUUGCUCCAGUCCUUUUUUUCGAUAUUAAACCAUUACAAUCAUUGGCUAUUGCUGCGAGAUUUGCACAGUUAUGUCUCAUAUGUUACGAUAUUUCCAUCUACACGCAUUUGGUUAUCUCAUUAAACAGAUUCAUCUCACUCUACUUCCCGACCAGUUAUCAGAAUAUCUUCACCGAACGGUUCACAACAUUUUUAAUAUGCUCAAUUAUAUUUGUCUCUUUUGGUUUUUCUUGGUUUCUCGUAAUACGAGAUUGUCAAAUGGGAUUCUCAAUUCCUAGAUGGAUGCUGGAUUAUGUUUCUCCGCCCUGCGAAAUGAUCAAUGUUUACUAUGCAGAGUUUUUCAGAGGAUUAAUUGUGAUCUCCAUGUUCGCCAUCACCAAUAGUUUUACAUUUUGUCGAAUGCACAUGCACAACCGAAAGAAACAAACUGCAACUGUUUUUGAAACAACUCAACAGAAAAAGAGAAGAGCUGUCGAGACGAGAUUUGUUCAACAAGUCACCAUGCAAGGACUUCUUUAUGUUAUUGAACUUGUCACAUACUUCUACAUUUCCCUUCGAUUCCCAGUGCCACUGGAACCUGUAGAAUUGGCAAAAUCAUCAAAUAGAUGGCCAAACUUCUUACUCACAACUUAUGCUUGGAUUUUGGUACAUGCUCUUGACGGAGUAAUAACGUUAAUAUUCAACAAACAAUUUCGUAGUGUUCUUCGUCAUCCUUGCCGCUCACAAGAGGCAUUAAAUAUUUCAAAGACUCCGUCAAGAAGAAGUCGAUUCACAACAAACCGAGAUGAAUCAAAUCGAAAGAAAAGCUCGAUCCUUGCAUGCACAUUCAUCUCAAAUUCCAACACUGGAUAUGGAUCCUCCGUUCAUGUUUGAUUUCCUUGUUUCAGUCGUAUUCCUUUUUUGAUCUCAGUUGUUGUUUUCUACUAAAAUCCUGAAAAUAUCGUACAUAAUUUAUGCUUGAAAAGCUUUAAAAGUUGCAAGAAUCGGUUGACAGCUUUAUAAAUACGAGUUCAAAUUUACAAAUAAACACAUUUUUGUUCAAUUUGUU